GCAUCCAACGGCUGAGCUUCAAUGACGGUUUUGCAAAGUGCUUUCACCCACAGUAAUCACCACUCAGUUUACAAGGAUCACUGGCUCCUGAGGGAGGUGUCAUCAUCCCUAUUUUACAGGGGCAGGAAUUAAGGCCCAGACAGGCUGAAGGACUUGUCAGCAGGAGCUGGUCCCCAAAUGGGGACUCCAGAGAAUCCCUCAUCUGCUCACACACAAACGCCCGAGACAGAACCCAGAGCAUGUUCCAGAUCCCAGAAUUUGAGCAGAGUGAGCAGGAAGAAUCCAGCCCUGCAGAUAGGGGCCUGGGCCCCAACCCCAUUGGGGACAGGGCCCCAGGUCCCGGCAAGCACUGCCGAACAGCCACAGGCCUCCUGGGGGAAGCUGGUCACCAACAGGGGCAAUCGGCCAACAGCAACUACCAUGGAGGCGCUGGGGCUGUGGAAACCAGGAGUCGCCACAGCUCCCACCCAACGGGGACCGAGGACGAAGAAGGGACGGAGGAGGAGGAGCCCAGCCCCUUCCGGGGCCGCUCGCGCUCAGCGCCCCCCAACCUCUGGGCUGCACAGCGCUAUGGCCGCGAGCUCCGGAGGAUGAGCGACGAGUUUCACGGAUCCUUCAAGGGACUCCCUCGCCCGAAGAGCGCCGGCACCGCGACACAGAUGCGGCAAAGUCCCAGCUGGACGCGCUUCAUCCAGUCCUGGUGGGGCCGGAACUUGGGGAGAGGAGGCUCCGCCCCCUCCCAGUGAACUUCCGUCCCAUAAGCCGAAGCUCCCCACCGCCGUUGGUGGCCAUCUUGGGAGUGGGCGGAAGUCUUUUCUGCAGGCCUUAUGCAAAAAUAGGAUCCAUUUCGUCCCUUUCGGAAGGAAGCGGUCUGACCCAGAGCCCGAUUCCCUUCCGGGGUGUGCGGACCACGGAGGGGCUCGGUCCCCAUCGGAAGUUUUGAAAUUUUUCCGCCCUUAGUUGCCGGAAGUGGCUCCGUGACCCCGCCCCGGCGCUGGUCGGCCCCAGGUGCCUGCGCCAGUUGCCAGCCGGGAUUAACCCUAACUUCGCCAGAACCCUUUCCUCCACGGUAACGCUGAGGGCUAACAGCUCGCUACGAAAUGUGCUAAUAAAGCCCGCGUCUGUGCCA